AUGAGUUUGGGAGUUAAACUCAGCUUUCCUUUUCAGAAGGAGCACGAACCUUUCUAUAAUUUAACAGUGAAAAUUCUACAGGGAAGGCAUAUUGUCACAGAAGAUUUCUUGACGGCAGCUGAUUGUUAUGUUUCUUUACAUCUGCCCACUGCAUCUGUGGUUGAUUACAAAACAAAAAGCAUCAAUGACCUACAGUGGAAUGAAACCUUCAAUUACAAGAUCCAGAGUAUUAUAAAGAAUAUACUGGAGCUCUCCAUCUACACCGAAAAUGUUAAGAUGACUAAACAUCUAUCGUCAGUAGUUUUUGACGUUGGAAAAAUUGAACCUGGCCAGAGUUUGAACACUACCAUAGACCUGAAGCUCCAUGGUUACAGACAACAUUCCUACCCAAGGGGCCAUUCUUUAAAUGUGGUUAAUGGUCUCCACUUUAAAGGUCUUAAUGUUCAGUACAAUGUGUCAGUGAAUGUGGAUGGAUCUUUUGAGCAGGAGCAAGUCACCACUCUCAAGCCUCUCUCGAAUCCAGUGUGGAAUGAAAGGUUUUUCUUCCAUGUCAAUAGGAACUUGGAGCCACAACUGAAGAUUGACCUCAUUCAAAGCAGCACUGAAUUGCAGGACGAUAUGAAUGUUGAAAUAUUGAGGGAAACCUAUGUGGUGGGUUCAGGCUCAGUACCACUGCAACAGCUUCCUCUUGGAGAGAACAGGGGUGUUUCCUUACCCCUCGGACAGGAACAGACUGUUGACCUGCAGCUGAAGGCCCAGAAAUGCUUUGAAGAUCUUGAUGUGCGCCUCAGUUUUGACAUCUGUGACCCAGAAAAGGAGUUCCUCAUAAAGAGAAAGAAAUUGGUGGCACGGGCACUGAAGAAGGCACUCAACCUAAAGAAGAUACCCAACAGCAGUCAAACACCCGUCAUUGCAGUCCUUGGCUCAGGCGGUGGAAUCCGAGCAAUGACCUCCCUCUAUGGGAUCCUGUUGGGGCUGCAGAAGCUGCAACUUUUGGACAGUAUAAGCUAUAUCUUCGGAGUGUCGGGUUCCACCUGGUGCAUGUCUCAACUCUACCAGGAUUCAGAAUGGUCUCGCAAGGAUAUAAGAGAGACAAUUCUGAGGAUCAAGUCACAAGUGAUCAAGAGUAAGACUGGCGCCCUGUCCAAGGAUCGAUUGGGGUAUUACAUCAAUGCACUGACAGAAAGGAAUCGCUCAGGAUAUAAUGUGUCCAUUCCAGACCUGUGGGGGCUCAUCAUUGAAUCAUUUCUAUAUGGCAAGGAGAAUAAGACCAAGCUGUCAGACCAGCAGAGAGCUGUGAGAAGGGGCCAGAACCCAUAUCCUGUCUACGCAAGUCUAAACGUGAAGACAGAUGUCAGCGCUAAAGAUUUCGGAGAAUGGUUUGAAUACACGCCUUAUGAAGCAGGACUUCCUAAAUACGGAGCCUAUAUCCCAAUCCAGCAUUUUGGCAGCAAGUUCUUCAUGGGAUACCUAAUAAAGAAGUUCCCUGAAACAAGAAUCAGCUUCUUGAACGGCCAGUGGGGAAGUGCUUUUGCAGCAAAUCUGGAGGAGAUCCUGAGGGAGCUGAUUGGCGCCUCCAACACCUGGAUGCGGAGCUUGCAAGAUGCCAUCAGGGUGACAGCUAAAAAUGUGGUAACCUCUCCAAACCAACUGACUCCAAUGGAAAAUCUGCUGAACUUGGUUGAUGCUGGAUUUGCAAAUAAUUCUGCUUUUCCUCUUGCCCUGCGGUCAGAGAGACACAUUGACAUCAUCCUGUCUUUUAGCUUUAGCCGGGGAUCACCAUUCAAGGUUCUGAAGAAUACGGAGAAAUACUGCAUAGAACACAAUAUACCUUUCCCAAAGAUUGAUGUGGCAGACUUACUUGAAAAAAGCCUGCAGGAAUGCUAUGUCUUCAUGGAUGAAAAUAAUCCCGAAGUCCCCGUUGUGAUUCACUUCCCACUCACAAAUGCCACAUUUCGAAAAUACAAGUCCCCAGGAGUGGAACGGACAUCUGAUGCAGAGAGAGAUUAUGGCAGCUUUGUCCUGGAGGCUGAGAAUUCUCCAUACAGUACCCUGAACUUCACAUAUACUGCUAAUGAUUUUGACAGGCUAAUUGACCUCAACUGCUACAACGUGAUGAACAAUAAGGACAUCAUUCUGAUGGUCUUAAAGCAAGCAUUGGCGAGGAAGUACUAG